AUGGCGUCAGCUGUGUUAGUGAACCGGAACGAACCGAAUUGGACGCAGCCACAGCCACGUAGUGGUGGAGCUAAAUUCAUGGGCAAAAUCCCUUUCUCUAACCCUAACCAUAACCCUAAAUUCUCCAAAAAACGCCAAUUUCAACCACCUCAACCACCACAAAUCCUCGACGUUGACGAGUCACCUUCAGCCGCAUCAGAUGACGCGUCGUCUAUCAACCGCCGUCCACAGAACAAUCACCAAGAUUUCAACACCGGAGGAUACGUAUCGUUCAAUGUUAGCUCGUAUUCAAAGAAAGAACUAAUCGAGCUUAAAAAUCGAUUAGUUUACGAGCUUGAAAAGAUCCGAGAGUUGAAGAACAGAAUCGAAUCCUCUGAUUUCCAGAUCCGUCAACCCAGCUCCAAUUUCAGCAACAAAAAACAAACCUCUGCAAACAAGAAAGUAUCAGGAAACAAGCGGCCGUUUCCAGCUCCUUCAAAUUUUAACAAUUUGAAGCGAUCAAAUCCAGAGAAUGCGCAAUUGAUGAAGACUUGCAGUCAAAUUUUGUCGAAAUUGAUGAAGCACAAAUUAGGGUAUAUCUUUAAUACUCCAGUUGAUGUUGUGGGUCUGCAAUUGCAUGAUUAUUAUGAUAUAGUCAAGAAUCCAAUGGAUUUGGGUACGGUGAAGUCAAAAUUGAGCAAGAAUUUAUAUGAAUCGCCAAGAGAUUUCGCUGCUGAUGUUAGAUUGACAUUUAAUAAUGCUAUGAAGUAUAACCCUAAGGGUCAUGAAGUUUAUAUUCUUGCUGAGCAGUUUUUAACAAGGUUUGAGGAUUUGUUUAGGCCAAUUAAGGAGAAGGUGGGUGAGGAUGUUGAUGAGGAGGAGAAUGAUCAAGUUCAAGAAGUACAAGCCAGUUCUUGGGAUCAUAUUAGAAGAGAACCAGAGAGGGUUAAUAAAGUUGAUGAUGAUUUUAUGCAAGUUACAGAGAAAUCUGAUCCAAUUGGGCAUCCAAUGCUGCAGCAGCAACAUCAGGGGUUGAAUCAGAACCCUAAUUCAGUGAGGACGCCAUCACCUAUGAGGAUUCAACAAGUGAAGCCAUUGAAGCAACCAAAGCCUAAAGCAAAGGAUCCAAAUAAAAGAGAGAUGAGUCUCGAAGAGAAGCAUAAGCUGGGUGUUGGGUUGCAGAGUUUGCCACAAGAGAAAAUGGAGCAAGUUGUGCAGAUUAUUAGGAAGAGGAAUGGGCAUUUAAGGCAAGAGGGUGAUGAGAUUGAGCUUGAUAUUGAGGCUGUUGAUACAGAGACUCUGUGGGAGUUGGAUCGGUUUGUGACUAAUUACAAGAAAAUGGUUAGCAAGAUUAAGCGGCAAGCUUUGAUGGGUAUUAACAACAAUGUGGGUGCUGCUGCAACCGGUGAAGGCAAUAAUAAGGAUGUAGCCGGGAAUGAUAGAAUGGAGGUGGUAAACGAGGCGAAAAAGCCAAAGAAAGGGGAUGCUGGAGAUGAAGAUGUAGACAUUGGUGAUGAGAUGCCAAUGAGUAGUUUUCCACCAGUGGAGAUUGAGAAAGAUAACGGACAUGCGAGUAGCAGUUCUAGUAGCUCCAGUAGUUCCAGUGACGAUUCUUCGUCUUCGAGUGAUUCUGAUUCAGGGAGUUCUUCAGGGAGUGAUUCAGAGGAUGCACAUUCAUGA